AUGGCGCCGGCAUCUGGGAACUCGGAGCCUGAAGCUCUGAUUGCAGACUUUGCGGGCUUUUACAAGUCUGAGGUCCAACAGAAGCCGGGAGAGCGCUUCAAAUACGACUUUGGCUGCUUCAUAGGUGGUCUACGGGGUUGCUUGACAUAUUUUUGCCUACCGCCCUGUUCUCCCGUGUGCCGCACAACCUUCAAGAACAUGAUGAAGCAGCAGCCCCGGGUACCUGUCAAGAUUUACAACGCACGUGAGAAGCAAGCGCAGGAGGGCUUGAGUACGCGGGAGUUUUUUGAGCGAUAUGGCUUUGUGCUGGUGGAACAUCAUACCAAGAUGACAUCGGAGGACUGGCUGGCCAAUACUUCCAUUGCAGGCGUCGAAAGGAGCUCUCUGAUUGAGGACUCCAAGUCGGCGUUGCGUCAGAUUUACGCCAAGGAACUGGAGCCACUCAUUCGGGAGCUCCUUCCGAAGAGUGGCCAGAUCUUCUACCCCAAGGUCGCGCUGCGACGGGGCCCUGGCGGCCCAAAUCCACACUACGGCCUGGGGGUCCACCAGGACUUCGGUUUGUAUCCCGAGGACCUGCGGCUCUAUUCCUACAAGCUCGGCGGGGACUUCGGCAGCUUCGAGGAGUUCAAGUCGCGUUUGGCGGAGCAGGGCACCGCCGGGGUUUGCAUGUUGAACUUCUGGCGCCCCGUGCUGCCGAUGAAGGGCCCGGUGAAAGACACCCCCCUGGCCUUGUGCGAUCCCAACACGGUCAAUGUGGAAGAUACCGUGAACACGGAGCUUCACGGCUUUGUUUCCGGGGGUAUGGCAAGCAUGGGCCUUAAGUUCAACGCGGAUCAGAAGUGGUACUACUACUCUGACGUGACAACGAAGGAAGUCAUUGUUUUCCGCCAGUUCAUUUACAGCCGAGAUGUUGACGCGCCCUACAAGCAGCUUCGGACGGUAUUCCACAGCGCCUUUCGGCAUCCAAAUGCCAGCAAAGAUGACGAGCCACGCUGCAGUAGCGAGUACCGGCUUGGUGUUUGGCUGACCUGA